CUCUAAUCUCGAUGGUCCUUCGUCGUAGCGCGUCUGUCGUAAACUCGAAUCGAUCCACGCGCGUGGUUACUAGUAGGGCUGUGUGCGCUCUUGGGGUGGCUCUCAGGUUUUCCAACCCCCUGCGCGAUUUUUGAGGCGCCUGAAAAAUAGACUCCAAACCCCGACGCAAUCUUCAACGUCGAAGUCAAGUUUGGAGCGACAUCUCACAGCAUGGCGCCAGGCGCAACAAUUUCUCGUUCGGCCGCCAGAACAGCCACCCGGCUGCUUCGCUUACAGUCACAUCCGUCGUUACAAUCCCCGGGCUUCGCCAGCAUCCUGCUGCCAGUUUAUCCCACACCUGAUUCUGGAACGGAUCGGGUCCAGCUGGCAGACGGCUCCGUCAGACUUGACGGACGAUUUCAUCCUGACGGCAAGCAGUUGCCGUUGCUAGCUGGACCAGCUAGACCGCUUCCCCUGCUUCCCGCGUGCGCUGCUCUCUUUCCGCUGACAAGCGGCUUCCGCAGUGAUCCUAACGAGUUUGUUACUAUCGGGACGAGAAGUUUCGCCUCGGGUGCUCGCCUUUAUGCAGCCUUUGCCGGUUCAGCGUCUCCCGCUGCUUGUAGCGGAGCAGCUAGUAGCGGAGAUGGCGGAUCGGGGGCAGGAGGGGGGACGCAGCAAUCGCUUGCUGACGAGAUGAUUGCCUUCGCCCACUCGUGCCUUGCGAGGGAAGGGUCAGAUGCGGUGCAGGAGGGACUAAGAGUGGUGGAGCACGGAGCCACCAUGCUGAAGGCGCAAGAGGGGCAGGCAGCAGCAUCGCAGGCAGCUCGGCUGCUCAAGUUCAAAGCCGCCCUGCACAUGAGAAUGCAUGACAACCCCGGGGCAGUGGAGGCGUUGGAGGAGGUAGCAGAGUUGGGGGAUGCGGGGCUGUGCGAGAGAGUUGGAGCUCUGGAGGAGGUUGUGCGAAUCCAUCUGAGCGGCCAUGCAGACGCCAAUGCCAUGGAGUCUGCCAGGGAAGCAGCAACCCUGCUGCAACCACUGGCGCCACCGCCAGCAACACAAGUUGGCCCUGACUCAGCAGCCGCAUCAGCGGCAGCAGUGCUGUCAUCACCAUCACCACCAGGGUUGGCAGCCCUGCGAUACCGGGUGCUCUGCUCCGUGGGGCUGGUGGAGCAGCUGUGCGGCCACACUGCCACUGCGCGAGAGCACUUCCAGGAAGCAGACGAGCUCGAGCCGCCCGACUGCAACGCAGUGCCGGCCACAGGGCUGGCCCGGCUGGCAAUGGCGAUGCACCUGCACUCCGUCGGCCAAUGGGAGCAAGCCACGUCAUACUACAGCCAGCUGAUCCAGAACUACUCCUCACUGCCUUCGUCGACGUCUCCUAUCCCCUCCUCGACCUCCUCUUCCUCUCCUACCAACUCACCCUCACCUGCCUCGUCAGUCUCUCCCUCUCACUCGCCCUCCCUGGACCCGGCAGCAGCUGUGCGAGUGGGGGCCCUUGCAGGCCAGGGCCAGCUGCUGCUGCUGCAAGGGAAGUUUGAUGCAGCUGAAGAGAGUUUCACAGCAGCUUUAAGGGAGGCAGAAGCCAUAGAUGAUCGCUCAGACUUCAAUCCAGUCGUGGGAGCCAUUUUGUCUCUUUUGGGCGACACAUACGCGCAGCGAGGGAGGCUGCAGCACUCAGGGGAGGGCAUGAUUGCAGAGGGCCUCUUUCGGCGCUCCCUCGCUCUCUUAGAGGCGUCGCAGUGGGACAAUCUGGAUUACCGGCUGACGCUGCUGGCCGGAGCAGGUGCCAGCGCUUCAGCCGAAGGCACAGAAGAAGAGGCAGAUCAGCUCAAGGACCGCAAGAACAGAGUGCUGCAGCUCGACCUCAUAGCGUUCACUCUAGAGCGCUAUGCGGCUGCCCUGCCGGGCUUCCCAAUGCGCGCCUCCGAGGCUCAGAGCAUGAGUGCAGCGGCCCACCACCUCUGGCGCUCGCCCCUCUCCCUCCAUGCUGCUGUCGCCUCCUCCCGUGUACCUGCUACAGCCACUUCCUCUUCCUCCCACGGAUCUGCUACUACUACUGCUGCAAGCCCUGUUGAUGCGCUAGCAUCAUUUCCUGCUGCAGUGGUUGAUGUGACAACGGGAAGGGUGCUCUUGUCGUGAUUCCUUCUACUGGUAUUGUGAUGUAUUUGUGUUUCUACAGUCGGCUCACAUGUCAGCUGGUAGGAUCCCCUUGUAUCCUAGCAGGGUGCACUUGUUGAGCUCUUACCGGUACAUCUCUUAGGAAACAUCGUGCUCUGGAUCAGAGCGAUCCUUAGCACUCAUCUUUUGUGAAGUGUUGAACUGCAAUUCUGGAACCACGUGAUGGGGUCUACAGCUGCUGCACUAACAUGGUACAUUCUGUAAUGUGUUACGGAAGGCUACGCAAUCACGCUAGUACAUGU